GUUGCUAGGACGUCGUCAGGUCCCAGCAUCAUCAUAUCCUUCUUCAUCGCUGCCGUGGCCUCUGUCUUUGCCGGCUUGUGCUACGCUGAGUUCGGGGCCCGCGUCCCCAAAACGGGGUCUGCGUAUCUGUACAGCUAUGUAACGGUGGGAGAGCUACUGGCCUUUAUUACCGGGUGGAAUCUGUUGCUGUCCUACGUCAUAGGUAAGAUACAACAAUAUACUACUUCAUUCUAGUUUCCGAACUAUGAUUUUGGGAGUGAACUAUUCCUAUCUGUGCUACACUCACCGGACAGUUUAUUAGGUACACCACCCCGUUCACAAAAAUGGAUCGCUCCUACAGACAGUGAGUCAUGUGGCCGUGGCGUGUUCUACAAAGCAGGCAGACAGGCAUCGGGGCAUUCAGUUACUGUUCGAUUAAACAUUAGAAUGGGCAAAAUGAGUGACCUAAGUGACUUUGAGCGUGGUGUGAUCGUCGGUGCCAGGCACGCCGGAUCCAGUAUCUCAGAAACGGCCGCCCUCCUGGGAUUUUCACACACGAUGAUGUCUAGGGUUUACCGAGAAUGGUGUGAUAAACAAAAAACAUCCAGUCAGCGCCAGACCUGUGGGCGGAAACAGCUCGUUGAUGAGAGAGGUCGAUGGAGAAUGGCAACAAUCAUGCAACCUAACAGGCGGGCCAGAAACAGAUAAAUGACGGCCCAGUACAACAGUGGUGUGCAGAACGGCAUCUCGGAAUGCACAACUCGUCGAUCCUUGUCAUGGUGGGCUAUUGCAGCAGACGACCACACCGGGUUCCACUCCUAUCAGCUAAAAACAGGAAGAAGCGGCUCCAGUGGGCACGCGAUCACCAACACUGGACAACUGAGGAGUGGAAAAACAUCACCUGGAACAUGACAGCGAGUUCAGUUUACUUGAGUGGCCAACGCUUUCCCCAGACUUCAACCCAAUAGAGCAUCUUUGGGACGAGAUGGAACGGGCUGUUCACAGCAUGAAUGUACCACCGUCCAAUCUGCCGGAACUGUGUGAUGCCAUCGUGUCAGCAUGGACCAACAUCCCUGUGGAUCGUUUCCGACACCUUGUAGAAUGCCCCGAAGAAUUCAAGCUGUUCUGAAGGGAACCGGUACUAGAUUUGAGUGUACAUCUUUAUUGAGGCAUGAACAACAUGUUUAUAAUGUUGUUAAUAUAACAUUGGCUCCCUGGUGUAAUAAAAAACAUUUUGUCUCAGUGGCAUGGGACCAUUGAAAACCAUAAAUGAUCAACCAGAAAUACAAGACUCUAAUGUCUUCCUUUAACCUUUAAUCUCUGACUUUAACCCCCUGCAGUAAAACGUUGAUUCACCAUCAUCCAUUUAUUGGCUCCAGUCCAGAGCCAUAUACAGCAUAGUACAGAGAGAGAGAGAGGCAGAGAGAGAGAGGCAUGAGAGAGAGCAGGAGAAAUAGAGGUAGAGGGAGAGAGAGAGAGAGAGAGAGAGAGAGAGAGAGAGAGAGAGGAGAAGAGAGAGAGAGAGCAGAGGAGAGAUGAGGAGAGAGGUGGGGAGAGAGAGAGAGAAGCAGAGCAAGAGAGAGAGAGGAGGCAGAUAUAGGGAGAGGAGAGAGAGAGCGAGUAUGAGAAGGGGAGUAGCGAUGAUAGUAGAGAGAGAUGAGAGAUUAAGAGAGCUGAGAUAGAUACGUAGAAUAGAGAGAAUCGGAACGAAUCAGGAAUGAGAUAUAAGGAACGUACUGCUCAAUAGAUUUAGAUUCUAUUAUUCAGAGUUAUUCAGAGAGAUAAGAGAGUAGCAGACUCUGACUAGAGAGUUAGAGAGGAGACUCUGAUAUAAUUCAGCCUAGAUACCUGAUUCUAGAGAUGAGAUUUGUCAAAACCCCCCGUAAAAACUUCCCUCCCUUUAAGCUUUAUUCCAAAAAUUUUUUAAAAAAAUUUUUAAAAGAAAGGACCAAAAAAAUUUUAAAAGCCAAAAACAGAGAGAUAAAAGGGGGGAAAGCCCCGGAAACUGAGAGUUACACAUUGGGGCGAACAAAAAAAAAAAGGGAAAAAAAGGCCCCGGAAAAAAACCCCCAGGGCUCUGGAAGGGCCGAAAAAAAGACAACCAGAAAAAGGGGAAGUUUUUAAAAAAAAAGGGGAAAAACCGUUAAAAUUUUUUUCCCGCCGGGGUUAGAUAAAAACAGGAGAGGAGAGGGGGGGCAAGAAGGGGAGGAGAAAAGAGGGAGGGAAAAGGGAGAGAGGGAGAGAGAGAGGAAAAAGGAGAGAAAAGGGGGGAAGAGAGAGAAAAGAGGGGAAGAGAAGAGAGAGAGAGAGGAGAAGAGAAGAAGUCCCCUAACAAGCGGUCCUGGGGCUCCGUUCACUACAGAGAAUGAACCUGGAAAGAGUCCCUAACAGCUGGUCUGGGCUAUGUCACAAACACAAACGACCCCACAGAGCCCAGGAUAGCAACACAAUUAGACCCAACCAAAUCAUGAGAAAACAAAAAGAGAAUUACUUGACACAUUGGAAAUAAUUAACAAAAAAACAGAGCAAACUAGAAUGCUAUUUGGCCCUAUACAGAGAGUACACAGUGGCAGAAUACCUGACCACUGUGACCGACACAAAUUUAAGGAAAGCAGACUCAGUGAGCAUAGCCUUGCUAUUGAGAAAGGCCGCCGUAGGCAGACCUGGCUCUCAAGAGAAGACAGGCUAUGUGCAUACUGCCCACAAAAUGAGGUGGCAACUGAGUUGCACUUCCUAACCUCCUGCCAAAUGUAGGACCAUAUUAGAGACACAUAUUUCCCUCAGAUUACACAGAUCCACAAAGAAUUAAAAAACAAACCCAAUUUGGAUAAACUCCAUAAUAACACAGUGUCAUGACAGCAGCAUGAUUUGUGACCUGUUGCCACAAGAAAAGGGCAACCAGUGAAGAACAAACACCAUUGUAAAUACAACCCAUAUUUAUGUUUAUUUAUUUUCCCUUUUAUACUUUAACUAUUUGCACAUAAUAUGACUUUGAAAUGUCUUUAUUCUUUUGGAACUUUUGUGAGUGUAAUGUUUACUGUGAAAAAACAACAAUGUUUAUUUCACUUUUGUUUAUGAUCUAUUUCACUUGCUUUGGCAAUGUAAACAUAUGUUUCCCAUGCCAAUAAAGCCCAUAAAUUGAAAUUGAAUUGAGAGAGAGAGAGAGAACACAGUUUGUACGGCAGUUUCAACCAGGAGGUGCUACCAUGCUCUUAAAAAAACCUCCAUGGCAGUUAAGUUAGCACCUCCUGGGCAAUACUGACCCAUAAAAACAAAUGUUAAGAGUAUAGCCCUACUCACAGAAGUGAAGUAUCUGAGAUACCUAACCUUAACCAAUUGGAGUCAUUUACCUAAGCUUAAACCAAUCACGUUUCUUGCCUAAACUUAACCAAUCACAUUAAUCUGCCCUCGAGGGCGCUCUCUGCGCUCUCUGUAUGUACUUUAUGAAACAACACACUACAUUUCUGAUUCAUAAUGAGAACUGAACUCUCUCCUCUUAUCGGCAUGUUCUCAAGGACACUGCGUGAUAAAACGAUGAUCACUGAUUGAUGGACUGAUUGUGUAGCACUUUACACCCGUACCCAUAAACGGGUUUGAAAAUGCUGUAAAUUAAGAGGACGGCAUUAUGGUAUUUUGAAAGAUGAGAUGUUGAGGAUUAUAAUAAAUACCGCUUUGAUGUCAUACAAGCGAGCCAAACUCCCCUGAGGCCAAAUGUGCACCUCAUGGCAUAUACAGUGUCAACGUUUAUGAUCACUAUGUUUAAUGGACCGCUACCAGAUGACAUGGCGUCGUACCCUGGGUUGUUCUGAACAGAAUGAGCCUAUGCUUGUCUAUUGUAAUUCACCACCUGAAUGCGCUCAGGACUCCUUUCUAUGGGCACCAAAAUGAAGAUCUGUUUUUCUGAAUUACCCUGUGAAAGCCUAACACUGUAAGAUCAUAUUUUAUAACAAAGCUUGUCAUGUUGGCAAUAGAACAAGCUUUCAAUUCAUGCCCACCUGACCCAGAUUGUGAUUUAUAAUGGGUCCGUUUUUGGAUUGCGUAAACAACAACAGUAAUUGUGUGAUGGCAGGGAUGCAGGGCUGUGUUCCAAACUAAACAACUACCAGUGUGUUUGCUCUAGUUCCUCAACAGCACAGCUAGGAGAGCUCUUUAAAGCACCUUAUAGUUGAAGACUCUUCUUUGAGUCAUAAAAGUGCAUUGAAAUGACUUCGGAACUGCGAUCACUUUGGAGAGGUGUGUGGCCACACGGAGACACCAGUUAGACCUCUCACUCAAACCCUUGUAAUGUUUUUGUCUUAUGUUGCACCUUUUCCAGGAAUAGUCAUGUUACUGAAUGUAUCCAGAGUAUUUUCAUAAAGUACAGUAAAUAUGAAAUGCACAUAAAAUCAACAGGGUAAUGUUUGGAUUCAGUCUUGUGUCAGGUGAACUGUUACGUACUCACCUUUGGUCUAAUAAUUGUCCCAUAAUCUCCAAACUGUUCCCUUUCAAUUGCUACCAUGGUUAUACUUUUCAUAUUUAUUCUGUAAGAAACAUUUACAUUUAGCCCCUUCCAUAUAAGCCAAUUCCCACCAGUUAAAGGGUUGAUUGACUGAUCCAUCUAUUGUCAUAUGGCUAAUCUCCUCCUAUCGUUGUCUUCUCAGGGACGUCCAGUGUGGCGAGGGCUUGGAGCGGAACCUUUGAUGACCUCAUCGGCAACGUCAUGGGGGAGUUCUUCAAAGAAAACCUACACAUGGACCUCCCGGGCCUCGCAGAAUACCCAGACUUCUUUGCUGCUGGGCUCAUUAUGCUCCUGGCAGGUAAACUGAAUCUGAUGAUUGAUUGAUUGGCUGAUCAUUGGUUCGUUUAACAACAUAGAGACAUUAAAACUGUCUGGUACUGAUGAUGAUGAUGAUGAUGAUGAUGGUGAUGGUGAUGGUGAUGAUGGUAAUGAUGAUGAUGAUGAUGGUAAUGAUGAUGAUGAUGAUGAUGAUGAUGAUGAUGAUGAUGAUGAUGAUGGUAAUGAUGAUGAUGAUGGUGAUGAUGAUGAUGGUGAUGGUGAUGAUGGUAAUGAUGAUGAUGAUGAUGAUGAUGAUGAUGAUGAUGAUGGUAAUGAUGAUGAUGGUGAUGAUGAUGAUGAUGAUGGUGAUGAUGAUGAUGAUGAUGGAGAUGAUGAUGAUGAUGAUGAUGGUGAUAAUGAUGAUGGUAAUGAUGAUGAUGGUAAUGAUGAUGAUGGUAAUGAUGAUGAUGGUAAUGAUGAUCAUGAUGAUGAUGAUGAUCAUGAUGAUGAUGGUGGUGAUGAUGACGAUGAUGAUGAUGAUGAUGAUGAUGAUGAUGAUGAUGAUGGUGGUGAUGAUGACAAUGAUGAUGAUGAUGAUGAUGAUGAUUUUGAUGAUGAUGGUUAUGAUGAACACAUGUUCCACAUGCUUCCAUCCUGUGAAGGUCUGCUGGCCUUUGGUGUCCAGGAAUCGGCAAUAGUCAACAAGAUCUUCACGGCCAUCAACAUCCUGGUCCUUCUGUUUGUCAUUGUAGCGGGCUUCGUCAAGGGGGACAUCGGUAACUGGCAGAUCAGUCAGGAGGCGCUCAUCAACGCUACAGCAGAAUUCCAGUAUGCAACCACGUUUGAUUACAAUACAAAAACGUUUGAGUAACAAUACAUGAGAAAUCCUUCAUCAUACCAAACUUGUUAGCAACUUCAGUGGAUGUUGAACACGUUUCUACAAACGUGUGUGAGUGUGUUAUAGCAGUGGUAUUAGCAGGAAAUAUUAGCGUGAAUCUUUCAACCGAGAUUUCUGGAAAACCAGGGAAGAUUGGGAAAGUUACUAGAAUUUUGAAACCCUAUAUACUCUUAUAUUGUCCUCUCCAGGAACCUAACCUCUACAGUCAAUGUUACCAGUAUAUAUGUCCUAUAUUGUGUCCUCUUCAGGAACCUAACCUCUACAGUCAAUGUGACCCGUAUAUACAGUGCAUUCUGAAAUUAUAUAGACGCUUUGACUUUUCCACAUUUUGUUACGUUACAGCCUUAUUCUAAAAUUGUUUUUUUCCCCCUCAUCAAUCUACACACAAUAACCCAUAAUGACAAUGCAAAAACAGGGUUUUAGAAAUGUUAGCAAAUUUACAAAAAAACUGAAAUAUCACAUUUACAUAAGUAUUCAGACCCUUUACUCAGUACUUUGUUGAAGCCCCUUUGGGCAGCGGAUUUUACCAGCCUCGGAGUUCUUCUUGGGUAUGGACACUACAAGCCUUGGCACACCCUGUAUUUGGGGAGUUUCUCCCAUUCUUCUCUGCAGAUCCUCUCAAGCACUGUCAGGAUGGAUAGGGAGUGUUCGGCUGCACAAAACUAUAUUCAGGUCUCUCCAGAGAUCGUAGCUUGGGUUUUCAAAGUCCGGGCUAUGGCCUGGGGCCACUCAAGGAAAUUCAGAGACUUGUCUCCCAGUCCCUGACGCUGAAAACAUCCCCACAGCAUGAUGCUGCCACCACCAUGCUUCACCGUAGGGAUGGUGCCAAGUUUCCUCCAGGCGUGAUGCUUGGCAUUCAGGCCAAGAGUUCAAUCUUGGUUUCAUCAGACCAGAGAAUCUUGUUCUCAUGGUGUUAGAGUCUUUAGGUGCAUUUUGGCAAACUCCAAGCGGGCAGUCAUGUGCCUUUUACUGAGGAGUGGCUUCCGUCUGGCCACUCUACCAUACAAGCCUGAUUGGUGGUGUGCCGCAGAGAUGGUUGUCCUUCUGGAAGGUUCUCCCAUCUCCACAGAGGAACUCUGGAGCUCUGUCAGAGUGACCAUCGGGUUCUUGGUCACCUCCCUGAACAAUGGCCCUUCUCCCCCAAUUGCUCAGUUUGGCCGGGCGGCCAGCUCUAGGAAGAGUAUUAGUGGUUCCAAACUUCUUCCAUUUAAGAAUGAUGGAGUCCACUGUGUUCUUGUGGACCUUCAAUAGAUUUUUCACCUAGUCGGCUCGGGGAUUAGAACCAGCGACCUUUUCGGUUACUGGCACAACGCUCUUACCCACUAAGCUUGGAAAAGUCCAAUCAAUUUAAUUGACCACAGGUGGACUCCAAUCAAGUUGUAGAAACAUCCAUAGGAUGAUCAAUGGAAACAGGAUGCACCUGAGUUCAAUUUCGAAUCUCAUAGCAAAUAGCAAAACAUUUUUUACAUCCAUUUUAGAAUAAGGCUGUAACGUAACAAAAUGUGGAAAACAUAUAGGGGUCUGAAUACUUUCCGAAUGCACUGUCUGUCCUAUAUUGUGUCCUCUCCAGGAACCUAACCUCUACAGUCAAUGUGACCAGUAUAUAUGGGGAUGGAGGGUUCUUCCCCUACGGUUUCGACGGGACAAUCUCCGGAGCCGCUACCUGUUUCUACGCCUUCGUAGGCUUCGACUGCAUCGCCACAACAAGUAGGCUUGCCUGCUUUGAUCUUUGAACAUGCACGGACACACUAACCUAUAUACAUCAGAAACAUUUCCAUCCUACAGAAACAUUGAUAAAGCCAAGCAACUUUCCAAGCUUUGUCCAUAUAGUAUCUUUGGUAAUGUCUACUCUACUCAGAAUAUGUUUUGGGUGAAUAUUUAGGCACACUGUAACAGUCGAUAUUCUACAUGAUUAAACCUUGCUUGCUUAAUUGACCAAUAAUGGCUGAUUGAUUGAUCGACUGAUCGACCAAUCUACUGAUUGACUGAUCGGCCAAACGACUGAUGGACUGAUUGAUGACAGCUCUCCAUUAAUUAAUUAAUUAAUUCUCUCCAGGUGAGGAGGUGAAGAACCCUCAGAAGUCCAUCCCGCUGGGCAUAGUGGCGUCUCUCCUCAUCUGUUUCCUGGCCUACUUCGCAGUGUCAGCGGCCCUCACACUGAUGAUGCCCUACUACAUGCUCAAUGUUAACAGCCCGCUGCCCGUGGCCUUCGAGUACAUCGGCUGGGCGCCCGCCAAGUAUGUGGUGGCUGUCGGCUCGCUCUGCGCCCUCUCCACCAGGUAGGUAGGAGAACACGGGAAGUCACUGGUCAGUGAUGUCACCAGGCAUCAUUACAGUUGGUCGGUUGGCCUGUCUGUCUGUCUGUCUGUCUGUCUGUCUGUCUGUCUGUCUGUCUGUCUGUCUGUCUGUCUGUCUGUCUAUUUGUCUGUCUGUCUCUGUCUGUCUAUCUCCAUUCUAAAAAGAGAUAAACCAUAUUUACCAGGGUGCAAAUGCUAUGUAUAUCUGGUCUCAUGUAUUCUGUUGUUAUAGUUGUUUUGCUGAGAUUGUAGCGUGGCCCUGUGCUGAGUCAGCAUGCCAAAUGGCACCCUUAUCCCUAUAUAGUACACUACCCCUGGUCAAAAGUGCACUAUAUAGGGAAUAGGGUGCCUUUUGGGACAUAACCUGAGAAUGGAACAUGACUGAUGGCUCUCUGCGUCCGUCUGUCUGUCUCCUGUGCAGUCUGUUGGGUUCCAUGUUCCCUAUGCCCCGCGUACUGUUUGCUAUGGCCAGAGACGGCCUCCUCUUCAAGCCCCUCAGUAAAGUCAGCGCCAGACAGAGUCCCGUCAUCGCUACCAUCUCCUCCGGGGUCGUGGCAGGUAACACCCCAUCGAUCUCUACCCUCUCCUCCGGGGUCGUGGCUGGUAACACCCCAUCGAUCUCUAUCUCUCUCUCUAUCCUCUCCUCCGAGGUCGUGGCUGGUAACACCCCAUCGAUCUCUAUCUCUCUCUAUCCUCUCCUCCGGGGUCGUGGCUGGUAACACCCCAUCGAUCUCUAUCUCUCUCUACCCUCUCCUCCGGGGUCGUGGCUGGUAACACCCCAUCGAUCUCUAUCUCUCUCUAUCCUCUCCUCCGGGGUCGUGGCAGGUAACACCCCAUCGAUCUCUAUCUCUCUCUACCCUCUCCUCCGGGGUCGUGGCUGGUAACACCCCAUCGAUCUCUAUCUCUCUCUACCCUCUCCUCCGGGGUCGUGGCAGGUAACACCCCAUCGAUCUCUAUCUCUCUCUCUACCCUCUCCUCCGGGGUCGUGGCAGGUAACACCCCAUCGAUCUCUGUCUCUCUCUACCCUCUCCUCCGGGGUCGUGGCUGGUAACACCCCAUCGAUCUCUAUCUCUCUCUUGAUUUCUUGAUCGCUCUCUUUCUCUCUCUCUCUUAGAGAUAUAAAGAGUUUGUUGUGUUUUGCCUAUGAUAUCUUUUGUGUAAUGAUUUAUCUACAGUAAAUACUUGAAUGCUUGUUUGUUUUUCUUUCCAGCGAUAAUGGCCCUGGUGUUUGACCUGAAAGCAUUGGUUGAUAUGAUGUCAAUUGGGACACUCUUUGCCUACACACUUGUGGCUAUAUGCAUUCUUAUACUUAGGUAAGUAUUUCACAAAUAUCUAAACUUAGAUAAACAGCAGUCCACUGUAUUGAUUUAGCAAAAAUAAACGGUACUAAGUUGACUUUAUAACAUCUAGGUACCAAGAGACCAAAUCAGAAGACUCAGAUCUCCAGCUCCUUGAAUCAAACACCAAGUUUGGUUGUCUUAAACCACCAUCGUUCCCAACAUCGGGCACCUCGAAAACAGUCACAGGUUUGACUGUAUUUUCUGGUAAGUAAAACGGUUUGACAAGAAAUUUCCAAUACGUCUGUCUUUAAAGUUGCCACUUAUAACAAUGACAAAUAAUAUUAUUCAAAGAUCUUCUACAUUGUAAAGGUACUGGAGUAUCUGCAGUGUAACAUAAUGUAGCCUUCCCCCUUUAUUUCAGUCAUUCUUCCAUCGGCCUCCUCUCUCUCUGUUCAGUCAUUCUUCCAUCGGCCUCCUCUCUCUCUGUUCAGUCAUUCUUCCAUCGGCCUCCUCUCUCUCUGUUCAGUCAUUCUUCCAUCGGCCUCCUCUCUCUCUGUUCAGUCAUUCUUCCAUCGGCCUCCUCUCUCUCUGUUCAGUCAUUCUUCCAUCGGCCUCCUCUCUCUCUGUUCAGUCAUUCUUCCAUCGGCCUCCUCUCUCUCUGUUCAGUCAUUCUUCCAUCUGCCUCCUCUCUCUCUGUUCAGUCAUUCUUCCAUCGGCCUCCUCUCUCUCUGUUUAGUCAUUCUUCCAUCUGCCUCCUCUCUCUCUGUUCAGUCAUUCUUCCAUCGGCCUCCUCUCUCUCUGUUCAGUCAUUCUUCCAUCUGCCUCCUCUCUCUCUGUUCAGUCAUUCUUCCAUCGGCCUCCUCUCUCUCUGUUCAGUCAUUCUUCCAUCGGCCUCCUCUCUCUCUGUUCAGUCAUUCUUCCAUCUGCCUCCUCUCUCUCUGUUCAGUCAUUCUUCCAUCGGCCUCCUCUCUCUCUGUUCAGUCAUUCUUCCAUCGGCCUAAUCUCUCUCUGUUCAGUCAUUCUUCCAUCUGCCUCCUCUCUCUCGGUUCAGUCAUUCUUCCAUCUGCCUCCUCUCUCUCGGUUCAGUCAUUCUUCCAUCUGCCUCCUCUCUCUCUGUUCAGUCAUUCUUCCAUCUGCCUCCUCUCUCUCGGUUCAGUCAUUCUUCCAUCGGCCUCCUCUCGCUCUGUUCAGUCAUUCUUCCAUCGGCCUCCUCUCUCUCUGUUCAGUCAUUCUUCCAUCUGCCUCCUCUCUCUCUGUUCAGUCAUUCUUCCAUCGGCCUCCUCUCUCUCUGUUCAGUCAUUCUUCCAUCGGCCUCCUCUCUCUCUGUUCAGUCAUUCUUCCAUCGGCCUCCUCUCUCCCUGUUCAGUCAUUCUUCCAUCGGCCUCCUCUCUCCCUGUUCAGUCAUUCUUCCAUCUGCCUCCUCUCUCUCUGUUCAGUCAUUCUUCCAUCGGCCUCCUCUCUCUCUGUUCAGUCAUUCUUCCAUCGGCCUCCUCUCUCUCUGUUCAGUCAUUCUUCCAUCUGCCUCCUCUCUCUCUGUUCAGUCAUUCUUCCAUCGGCCUCCUCUCUCUCUGUUCAGUCAUUCUUCCAUCGGCCUCCUCUCGCUCUGUUCAGUCAUUCUUCCAUCGGCCUCCUCUCUCUCUGUUCAGUCAUUCUUCCAUCUGCCUCCUCUCGCUCUGUUCAGUCAUUCUUCAAUCUGCCUCCUCUCUCUCUGUUCAGUCAUUCUUCCAUCUGCCUCCUCUCUCUCUGUUCAGUCAUUCUUCCAUCGGCCUCCUCUCUCUCUGUUCAGUCAUUCUUCCAUCGGCCUCCUCUCUCUCUGUUCAGUCAUUCUUCCAUCGGCCUCCUCUCUCUCUGUUCAGUCAUUCUUCCAUCGGCCUCCUCUCUCUCUGUUCAGUCAUUCUUCCAUCGGCCUCCUCUCUCUCUGUUCAGUCAUUCUUCCAUCUGCCUCCUCUCUCUCUGUUCAGUCAUUCUUCCAUCGGCCUCCUCUCUCUCUGUUCAGUCAUUCUUCCAUCUGCCUCCUCUCUCUCUGUUCAGUCAUUCUUCCAUCGGCCUCCUCUCUCUCUGUUCAGUCAUUCUUCCAUCUGCCUCCUCUCUCUCUGUUCAGUCAUUCUUCCAUCUGCCUACUCUCUCUCUGUUCAGUCAUUCUUCCAUCUGCCUACUCUCUCUCUGUUCAGUUGUUCUUCCCUCACCCCCUUCCUCUCUCUCUCUCUCCAGUGGUGUGUGUGUGCGGUCUGUGUGUCCUUCUGACCCAAGCCAUGGACGCUAUACAACGGCAGGAGAUCUGGAGCCUGGUGUGUGUGUCCAUCGUAGCCUUCAUCCUCCUGGUUCUCGUCAUCAUCAUCUGGAGGCAUCCACAGAACCAAGCCAAGGCUGCUUUCAUGGUGAGGAGCACCGUGGGAAGAUGGACACCUGCACAUAAAGGACGUUAUCACAGCCUAUUCAAACAUCGCUGAUUAGAGGAUGUUAUCACAGGCUAUUCAAACAUCGCUGAUUAGAGGACGUUAUCACAGGCUAUUCAAACAUCGCUGAUUAUAGGACGUUAUCACAGGCUAUUCAAACAUCGCUGAUUAGAGGACCUUAUCACAGGCUAUUCAAACAUCGCUGAUUAGAGGACCUUAUCACAGGCUAUUCAAACAUUGCUGAUUAGAGAACGUUAUCACAGGCUAUUCAAACAUCGCUGAUUAGAGGAUGUUAUCACAGGCUAUUCAAACAUUGCUGAUUAGAGAACGUUAUCACAGGCUAUUCAAACAUCGCUGAUUAGAGGUCAUUAUCACAGGCUAUUCAAACAUUGCUGAUUAGUGGAUGUUAUCACAGGCUAUUGAAACAUCGCUAAUUCGCAAUAAUGAUCAACCAUUAUCAGAUGCAGCCUAACAGAUCGUAAUAUCACUCAACCCCAAUUUUUUUUGAACUACAGAACGUUUACCUUUGGGCCCAGACCCUGUGUGGUGCAUUGUUUGUGUCUUUACGUUGACAUUUCAGUAAAGUUCUCUUACCCCCUGCCCUCUGCUCCCAGGUGCCCUUCCUGCCUGUGCUGCCGGUAGUUAGUGUGUUUGUCAACGUCUAUCUGAUGGUCCAGUUAGGAGGAGACACCUGGAUGCGAUACGCCAUCUGGAUGGCCGUAGGUUAGUAUUCUACCCAACACUUCUCUGCCCAAUAACACAUGCCACAAGCACUAAACUGAGAGGCUGGAAGGGAUGGAUGGGUCAUUUUCUUGGGGUAUCUGACCCUAUAUCAAUAGGAGUGUGUGUUGGAGGUUGGUUGGAGGCUAUAUGUUGGAGGUUUCAGGGGUGGGCUCUCUAUGUUUUUAGAUUGUAAACUCUGAUCUUCUACCAUCUCUCUCUCUCUCUCUCUCUCUCUCUCUCUCUCUCUGUAGGGUUCCUCAUCUACUUUGGUUAUGGUAUCCGUAACAGUGUUCAGAAGCAGAGGAACCAGACCAGCCAGGUGAAGAUUGACACCAUCAGCGGCAUGACGGAGAAGGAGGCCUUCAAAGAAGAGAAGUUCUGAGGCUGAGUGGACAGUACAGGACAGGACAACACAGGACAGGACAACACAGGGCAGGACAACACAGGGCAGGACAACAC